AUGGCAUCACUGAACCCGCCACAGCCAGCCCCCAAGUGGACCCACACCCCAGAGGAGGUCCUCCGCCUCACCAAGGACGCCAUCGCGGAGGAGCGCGCUCGUCUCGACAAAAUCGGUAACCUCAAGCCCGAGGAGUGUACCUUCGAAUCUGUGUUCUUGGCUCUCGCUGAGGGCGAAAACAAGGCCGAUUCCAUCGUCGAACCCUUGACGUUCUACCAGAACGUCUCUCCAUCCAAGGAACUCCGCGAUGCGUCCAACGAGGCCGAGGUCCUUGCCCGUGAUUUCGGCGUCGAGGCGUCGAUGCGCCUUGACGUAUUCCGUGCCAAGCAAGCCGCAGAGGAGAACAUCAAGAAGUCUGGGAAUGAACUCACUGCGGAGGAGCAGCGGUUGGUAGACAAGAUGCUCCUGGACGGAAAGCGCGCCGGUCUUGCUUUGCCCGACGAGGAGCGGGAAGAGUUGACUAACCUGAAGAAGGAGCUGUCACAGACUUGCUUGCAGUUUAGCAAAAACUUCAACGAGGAGAACGGCGUCGUCACCUUCACCUUGGACGAGCUAAAGGGCGUCCCUGAGGAUGUCAUCUCAGGCUAUACGAAGCGUACUGAGGAUGGCAAGGACGUGUACGACAUCACCUUCAAGACUCCCGACAUCCUCCCUGUCUUCAAAUACGCAGAGAACCCGGAGACGCGCCGUACGGCCUAUGAGAAGUACGAAAACCGACUGGCUAUCAACAAGCCCAUUAUGGCCAAAUUUCUCGAUCUUCGUCGUCAGAUCGCGAAGCUGUUGGGCUACCCUACCUGGGCUGACUACAUCACGGAAGUGAAGAUGGUCAAGAACGCGAAGGGCGUGAAGGAGUUCCUUACAGAUCUUGAGCAAAAGCUUCGACCUGUUGGCAUCAAGAACCGCGACAUUCUACUCGCGCUCAAGAAAGAGGAGCACGACCAGAAGGGCCUGCCUUUCGACCAUGAAUUCUACCUCUGGGACUACCGGUACUACGACCGCAAGUUCGUCGAACAGAGCUUGAACCUCGAUGACUCGCUCGUCAAGGAGUAUUUCCCCGUCUCCAAGGUCGUGCCCGCUAUCCUCGAUAUCUACCAAAACCUUCUCGGCGUCAAGUUCGUCGAAAUCAAAGGCGAGACCUGGCAUCCUGAUGUCCAGGUGUUCGCCGUCUGGGAGAAGGACGCUAAAGACGAGUCCGGCUUCGUUGGGUACUGCUACCUCGACCUCUUCCCUCGUGAAUCGAAGUAUUCCCACGCCGCGGUCUGGCCGCUGCUCCCCGGGUACGAGAAGCCAGACGGGACGCGCUCGUACCCGCUCACGGCGAUGGUCGCGAACCUCGCGAAGCCGACGCCGGCCAAGCCCGCGCUGAUGCGGCACGACGACGUCGUCACGUUCUUCCACGAGAUGGGCCACGUCUUCCACGGGCUGCUCUCGCGCACGAAGUUCUCGCGCUUCCACGGGACAAACGUCGCGGGCGACUUCGUCGAGGCGCCGUCGCAGAUGCUCGAGAACUGGUGCUUCGAGCCGAAGGUGCUCGAGCUGAUGAGCAGCCACUACGAGAGCGGGCGGCCGCUGGACCCGGAGUUGAUCGACAAGAUCAUCAAGAGCCGAUACGUCAACGUUGGCCUGUUCUACCUCCGCCAGCUCUUCUUCGCCAACUUCGACCUGAAGGUGCAUACCGAUCAAGACGCGGCGGACUACACCGAGCUCUGGAACAGCAUGCGCGAGGAGAUCUCGCUCGUCAAGGGCAAGAACGUCGGCGCGGGCGAGGGCACGUUCAACCACAUCGCGGGCGGGUACGACGCCGGCUACUACGGCUACACGUACUCGCUCGUCUUCGCCGCGGACAUGUACGCGACCGUGUUCAAGCCGAACCCGCUUGACCCGAAGCGCGGGAAGCUCUACCGGGACAAGAUUCUGCGCCCGGGAGGGAGCCGUGACGAGAUCGAGUCGCUCAAGGACUUCCUUGGACGCGAGCCGAACUCGGAGGCGUUCAUCCAGGAGCUCUUCGGGAGUCAAGAUGCCAGCUCGUGA